AUGUCUUUCCGUGGCCGUGGUUUUGCUGCCACCGGUGCGAACCGUGGUGGUUUUGGUAGCCGUGGUGGUGGUCGCGGAGGUUUCCAGCAGUCUUUCGGCCCUCCCGCCCAAGUUCUGGAGAUGGGAACCGUCAUGCACGCCUGCGAGGGUGAGAUGGUCUGCGAGUCCAUCAACCCCAAGAUCCCCUACUUCAACGCCCCGAUCUACCUGGAGAACAAGACUCCCAUUGGUAAGGUCGAUGAGGUUCUGGGCCCAAUCAACCAGGUGUACUUCACCAUCAAGCCUCAGGACGGCAUUGUCGCAACUUCAUUCAAGCCUGGUGACAAGGUCUUCAUCGGAGGCGACAAGCUGCUUCCUCUUGAGAAGUUCCUUCCCAAGCCUAAGGCUCCCCCCGGUGCCAAGCCUAAGCGCGCUGGUGGUGCCCGCGGUGGUGCCCCCCGUGGCCGCGGCGGCUUCGGUGGUGCUCCCCGUGGACGCGGUGGCUUCGGCGGUGGCCGUGGUGGUAGCUUCGGUGGUCGCGGUGGUAGUCGUGGUGGUAGCUUCGGCGGCCGUGGUGGUGGCCGUGGCAGCUUCGGUGGCUCCGGUGGCUUCUCCCGCGGUGGUGGUCGUGGUGCUCCCCGUGGUGGUGGUGGCUUCCGUGGUAGUCGAUAG